AUGGAAUGGCUUAGACCCCUUGUUGAUUCUAAGGCUUGGGAUUACUGUGUUGUAUGGAAGUUAGGUGGCGACCCUUCAAGGUUUAUUGAAUGGGUGGGUUGCUGCUGCAGCGGCGGCGGCGAUAAUAAAGUGACAAGGGAUAGAGGAGGAGACACCCAAUUGGGUCCUCUUUGCAAGGAUGUCCAUUUUAAGCAUCCUGUACGUACGGAGGCUUGUGAGGCUCUUUCUCAGUUCCCCUCCUCUAUGUCUCUAUACUCUGGGAUUCAUGGAGAGGUGGUGAUAACAGCUGAACCCAGAUGGUUAAACUUGUGCCAUUCCACUACUCAUGGCUCCAAUACCCUACGAGAAGUAGCUGGAACACAAGUUUUGAUCCCAGUAAUUGGUGGACUUAUUGAGCUUUUUGCAGCAAAGCAUAUAGUGAAAGAUGAGAAGAUGAUAGAAUCUAUUAGAGCUCAAUGUCAUGUCCCUCUCAAACAAGAAGAUGUGAUUGAACAUUAUUCCGAUUCGAGCUUGAACGAGAACUGUCUUGAUCCGUUGCUUGAAGAGAAUUUGCCCCAUUCCUGCCACUUGUUAAGUUUGAUUCCGCAGAUACAGUUUCUUUACCCAUUAACGCAGGCUACGCAGCCCAAUAACAACCUUAGCUUUGAAGGAUCAUCUAGCAGUUCCAAUCCUUCGAAUGAAGCUCCAUCAUUUGUUUCAUAUGCGAGUCAAUUGCCCCAGCAUGGACAUUUGGAAUUGUCAAUUGGCAAAUCCUCUGGCUCGAGAAAAUCCAUGCGUGAUGAAAACAUUCUGAAGCAACGAGCAGGUUUUCCAGAUUGCGAAACGAAACUUAUCCGGAAGUUGAAAAGAGAUGACUACAAAUCAAAGAAUCUUGUCACUGAAAGGAACAGGAGGACGAGGAUUAAAACUGGCCUAUUUGCUCUUCGUGCCCUGGUCCCUAAGAUUUCCAAGAUGGAUAAAGCUGCUAUUCUUGGAGAUGCAAUUGAUUAUAUCGGCGAGUUGCUAAAGGAAGUAAAAAACCUCCAGGAUGAGAUCAAGAAUGCUGAAGAAGAGGAAAGUCGAGCGAGCAACAUGGAGCUAAAGACUUCAAAAUUGGAGACAUUUCAGGAAGGCCACGUGUCUUCCGCUAACAUCAACCAGGAUUCCUCUGGUUUUGUAGAAAAUAAAAGGACAGAGGUACAAUUAGAAGUGGACCAGAUUGGUAAAAGACAUUUCCUCCUGAAGUUCCUUUGUGAACAGAAGCGAGGAGGCUUCGGGAGGCUGAUGGAAACUAUCCAUUCUUUGGGGCUUCAAAUCCUUGAUGCCAAUAUCACCACAUUUAAUGGCAAGGUUCUGAACAUUUUCAAGGUUGAGGCGGAUAAGGAUGUUCAACCCAAGAGAUUGAGGGAGUCACUGAUCGAGCUAACAGAGCACCCAAUUCAGACAAUAGAUUUUCUUCAACCAGGACCUUGUACAGAAGCAAGAUUAGGGAAGUCAUUCCAGAAAUACUUCUUACAAAUUCGUGCUUACUCAAAACCAAGAAAAUGA